UAAACACACCGAGACCAAGACAUCAAGAUCAAGCUCAGCAAUGGCGCCAACCGCUCGGCAUCGGACCCAGCACACGAGGAAGGAGCUGCAGCGGGAGAUACAGAAGAGGCAGGCGGGAGGGAGAGACAGACGCAAAGAUGGGAGCAGAAGCGACAGCCCACCCGCGCCAGGCAAGGGGGGCGGUGGGGGUGCGGGGGGGGCCCAUAGCCAGGCCUGGAGCCCCACCUCGUACACGGCUCUGAAGGCUCUGCUCUCGGCAAGGCUCUGCGCGGCUAUCUGGUCCCUUGUGGCGGACUGUGAUGAGGCGUUUAACUACUGGGAGCCUACGCACUACCUGGUCUAUGGGCGAGGGCUUCAGACCUGGGAGUACGCGCCGCAGUACGCUCUUCGCUCCUACACAUACCUUAUGCUCCACGCUGUCCCCGGGAAGCUGUACGCCGCCCUCCUGCAGACCAAUAGGAUGCUGGUCUUCUUCUUCAUCCGCUGUCUCCUCGCCCUGGCCUGUGCUGGGUGUGAGCUGUACUUCUACCGAGGUGUGUGCAAGGAGUUCGGAGCGCUGGUUGGCGGCUUAACAGUGGGCAUCAUGGUGUUCUCGGCGGGGAUGUUCACAGCCGCCACCGCCCUGCUGCCGUCCUCCUUUGCCAUGUAUAUGACUAUGAUGUCCAUGGGGGCGUGGUACCAGCAAUGUCCGCAGCUUGCCAUAUUUACAACGGCAAUUUCCGCUAUUCUGGGCUGGCCGUUCUCUGCUGCUAUUGGAAUCCCAAUAGCUUACGACAUCCUGGUUCGGAAACGUCAAAUCACACUGUUCGUCAAAUGGAGCUUCAUCUCCCUUGCAACCAUCAUGGCUCCCAUGGUACAGAUUGACUCCAACUACUACGGGAAGCUUGUUGUAGCACCUAUCAACUUAAUUUUAUACAACCUAUUUUCCGUCGGUCCGAACCUCUACGGAACAGAAGAAUGGACUUACUAUGCUUACAACGGACUCCUCAACUUCAACAUCGUGUUCGUGGCGGCUCUACUGUCUCUGCCGAUGUUGUGCCUCGUAGCAUACCUGCGUCUCGGCGAAGGAGGCGGGGGUGCAGGGGCGGUAGGGGGCUGGUUAGCUCUGGCCCCCCUGUAUCUGUGGCUUGGCAUAUUCUUCCCCCAACCCCACAAGGAGGAGCGAUUUCUAUUUCCGAUCUACCCGCUCCUUGCUCUUGCUGCUGCCCUGGCCUUCGACUGGUCCCAGCGUGUGUGGCAGUACCUGGUGUGUGCGCGUCUUCGGUACACACAGACGCACACACACUACCUGGCCAUCGUCUUCCUCGCUCUAACUUCCACGCUCUCGCUCUCUCGGAUUGUCGGGCAGUACAGAGCCUACCACGCCCCCCUGGAGGUCUACAUGGAGCUGAACAGGCUGGCAGGGGAAGGGGAAGGGGGGGCGACCCAGGGGGAAGCCACAGGGGGCGCAGGGGGGGCUGGUUUUCCUCUCAUCGGACCCGACCAGGAGGUGAAUGUCUGUGUUGGGAAGGAGUGGCAUAGAUAUCCGAGCUCCUUCUUCCUCCCUGGCCUGAACUGGAAUCUACGUUUUCUUAAGAGUGAAUUUCAGGGUCAACUUCCACAAUAUUUUCCUGAGGUCUCGAACGGUACUUCAAUGGUUCCACUCAACAUGAACAACCUUAACAGAGAGGAGGAAGACCGAUAUGUCCCAGUCUCAUCCUGUCACUUCCUGGUUGACUUGGAUGACCCAGAUGAGGUGACCGACAGACAGCCGCGAUAUGCAGCCCAGACAGACCAGUGGCUUGUAGUCCAUUCUGAGCCCUUCCUGAAUGCCAAGAGGUCGAAUCGUUUCCUCCGGGCCUUCUAUGUUCCCUUCCUGACGGAGAGAUAUUCCUCCUACCUCAACUAUACCUUGCUGCGGAGGAAAGGGUGGAGAGGAGGAGGAGGAGGAGGAAGGAGAGGAGCUGGGAGGUGAAGGACAGGAGGAGGAGGAGGAGGAGGAGGAGGGCUUUUCUUCUUUUUAGUGAGAGGAGGAGGAGGAGGAGGUGUUUGAAAAAUGUAAGUGUUUGUUUGUUUCUUUCUUUUCUUCUUCUUCUUCCUCUUCUUCUUCUUCCUCUUCUUCUUCCUCUUCUUCUUCU